CCUUCAUAACCACACCAAAAAAAAGGACAAUAGAGUAUCAAUUUAAUUGGUAUUCCUCUCUCUCCAACCUUAAGCCAUUGCGCAGAACGAUCAAUCAGAACAAAAAUUAGCAAUGUAUCCGCGAGUUAAAGCAAAAGACAAAAUUUUUAACUGCAACCAAAGUGGUUCUUGUCUGAACUCUAACUAUCUCCAAUCUCGUGCCUCUGAGAAUAAGCAAGAAGAAGAUUUGCAUAUAAUUGUGGCGAAGAUUCCUAAGAUUUACAUUCCAAGUGUUUUCAUGUCUGAAAGUGAAUCCAAGGACAUGAAAAAGCAUAUCAGAGGAGCUGAAAUCGAAAAAAAAAGAAGAGGAGCUGAAAUCGAACCGAUACAAAAACCCAAAACCAUCCCGGUUUUACGCCCACGCGCUGUUGUAUCAAGUCCUGAUAAUGAUGCAUUGAUCGGAAGCAUAACCAAAAGCAAAGAGAAUAAAGCUAAGACGGGUUUAAAGAGUAACGGUCAUGUCUCAAAAAGAGCUUCGCAGCGUAAGAAUAUUGAUACCAAUGUGAAGUUUUCGCAUCGCCCAGUCGCUACGAAAUCGGGAACCAGUUUGAAGGAUCACAAAUGAUUAACUUGUUUAUUGAGGAUCUUAUAGUUUCCUUCAUGAUUCCAUAAAUAAUGGCCUCAUGAGAUGAAACUAUACGGGGAAAAUUGUUUUUUGGACAAAAAAAA